AAGAUCCGCACCUCGGCCCGCUUCAAGCCGAGUUCGAGGUUAGUCCGGGUAUAAACUGUAAACAAAUAGACCGAUUCGGACGUUUUUCCAACAUUUUACGGCCAAAGACUUUUCUACCCGGCCUCAUCAGUAUAAAAUCUGUCGAGUUCUUUUAAUGUUGGCCGGAAAGGAGACCUCGGUAAGAUGACAUUAUGGACACCUUCGCCCGGACAAAAAAAUAAUGGGAAAUCUCAAACAUCUCAGCCGGCGAAAUGCCAGAAAUGUUUAGAGACAGGACACUGGACAUUUGAAUGUACUGGAAAGCGUAAAUUCCUUCAUAGAUCUUCGAGGUCAUCGCUAUUAAUGAAAAGGGUUAAAUUCAUGGAGGAGAAAGAAAAAACAGUUUCACAGAACAUUGACACCGCGACAAAGUCGGCUCCAAACGACAGACCGUCUUCAGCGUCUGACAGUUCGAGCAGCAGUGGUGGUUCGAGUUCUAGCAGUAGCUCCGACUCCUCGUCAGGCUCUGACUCCAGUUCUUCAUCCUCAUCAUCCUCGGAAUCGUCAUCAGACGAUGACAGUUCUUCGUCUGACAGUGACGCAGGUUCUUCGGACGAUGACAGCACAGAUCAUGGUGGUGAGGAAAACAAGAACAAAGAAGAUAACAAUCUUUCCUCAGCCUCCAAUGACGAAGACUAAACCCAUUUUUCAUGGACAUAUAAUUUAUUCAAUCUGGCAUAUUUCCCAAAUUUAGUGUGUUAUAACUUGUUUCAUCACAAUAUAAACCCUCAAAAUGGAGGUCACAAAUGAAAACAAUCUUAUUAGCUUUCAAUCGCUAAAAAUUACGUUUUAAAUAUUACUGGACUUUUAUACCUUUAUUUAAAAACACCUUAACUGUCAGGCCUUAAAUUUUUUUAAACAAAAGCGAGUGGAGAUAGUCUGAUAAAAAGCAUACAGUACACUUAAUGUAUAAAUUAUAUCUGGAUAAUAUUUCAACUUUCUGGAAUGCUUAAUUGUGCGAGUUUCAUUUUUAAUUUUAAUUAUUCCAGUGUGUUCAAAUAUUGUAUGAAUUCAAAUUUUCUGAUUAAUCAGAAUGCUAUUUGUAAAAAUUAAUAAUGUUUCAGUUUUGUUGGAAUCAGCUUUUGUUUUUUAAUUUAAAAAGAAAUAUUAUUUAUGGCAUUUCAUAUCCACUUAAACCCCCGAGGAAUGCAAU